UUUGUCCUGGGUCCAGAGUCUGUGCCCUACCCACGCUGCACACUAGGGACUCCUGCAGGCCCCACAUAAUAUGCGUCUUUUGUUUUCCAACUGCUGAGGACCUUAACCCCCAACUCCCGGCGGCUCCUGAGAUCCCAGAGAAAGCAGGGUCAGCGUGCGAGCUUGGAAAUGCAACUCACACUGGAUUCUGUGGCUUGCAUGCUGCGUGCCCCCUCAGAGGAGCAGGGACCUGUGGCAGCCCCCUUGAUACCAGAAGGCAUGGACAGCAGGGAAGAUGAGCCCAGGAGCUGUGUGGUGUGUGGGGACAGAGCCACAGGCUAUAAUUUCCAUGCCCUGACUUGUGAGGGCUGCAAGGGUUUCUUCAGACGAACAGUCAACAAAAGCACUGGGCCCACCUGUCCCUUCACUGGAAGUUGCGAAGUCAGCAGGGCCCAGAGGCGCCGCUGCCCAGCCUGUAGAUUGCAGAAGUGUCUAGAUGUUGGCAUGAGGAAAGACAUGGUACUGUCACCAGAAGCCCUGGCAUUGCGGCGGGCCAAGCAGGCAUUGCGGCGGGCACAGCAGCCACUGAUGAAGGUGAGGAAGGAGCAGAAUGAGCUGGUCCAGACCUUGCUGGAGGCCCACACCCGCUAUGUAGCCACCAUGUUUGACCAGUUUGUUCAGUUCAAGCCUCCAGCUCACCUCUUUGGCCAUCGUCAGCCUCUUCCCUCCCUGGGCCCUGUGCUACCUCUGCUCACGCACUUUGCAGGUAUUAAAACCUUCAUGCUGCAGCAGAUUAUCAAGUUCACCAAGGCUCUGCCCCUUUUCCGGUCCCUGGCCGUGGAGGACCAGCUCUCCCUUCUGAAAGGAGCAGCAGUGGAAAUGUGUCAAAUUGCACUCAAUACCACUUUCUGUCUGCAGACUCAGAACUUCCUGUGUGGGCCUCUUUGCUAUACGGUAGAAGACGCACUCCAUGCAGGGUUCCAGAAAGAGUUUAUAGAGUGGAUUUUUCAUUUCCAUGGGACGCUGAGACAGCUGCGGCUCCAGGAGCCUGAGUACGUGCUCAUGGCUGCUGUGGCCCUCUUCUCUCCUGACCGGCCCGGAGUUACCCAGAGGGAAGAGGUUGAGCAGCUGCAAGAGAAGAUGGCACUGACUCUGGACAGCUACAUCAAGGAGCAGCGGCAGCAAAGGCCUCAGAAACGGUUUCUUUAUGCAAAGCUGCUAGGCCUGUUGACUGAGCUCCGAAGCAUUAACAACCAAUACUGGUACCAAAUCCAGCGCAUCCAGGGACUGCCUGCUAUGGUGCCUCUGCUCCAGGAGAUCUGCAGCUGAGGCAGGGCUCACUGCCUUCCUCGCCCCACUGGACUGGAAAGGAGAAAUUGCUGAGAUGAGAGAUUGGUGGGGGGGCAAGGGAAAGGGGGCUUAGUGAUUUCAAUGAACAAGUAAAGCCGUAACUGCC